AUGACCAUCCACACAGAGGGGCUCCUGGCCAUAGCGCUCUUCUAUCUGCUCAUCCUGUUCGUGGGCAUCUGGGCGGCAUGGAAGAACAAGCACUCCGGAGAAGAGCAGGGCACGGACCGCAGCGAGACUAUCAUGGUUGGAGGCAGAGAUAUUGGAUUAUUUGUUGGUGGAUUUACUAUGACAGCAACCUGGGUUGGAGGAGGGUACAUCAAUGGCACAGCUGAGUAUGUGUAUUUACCAGACUAUGGUCUGGCCUGGGCACAAGCUCCGUUUGGAUAUGCGCUCAGUCUGAUUGUAGGCGGUCUUUUCUUCGCCAAGCCCAUGCGCUCCAGAGGUUACGUCACCAUGUUGGACCCGUUCCAGCAGCUGUAUGGCAAACGUAUGGGUGGACUGCUAUUCAUACCAGCACUCAUGGGUGAGAUCUUCUGGUCAGCCGCCAUCUUCUCUGCACUUGGGGCCACCUUGAGUGUCAUUGUGGACAUCAACAUCAAGAUGUCUGUGAUCAUCUCAGCUCUCAUUGCAAUGUUCUACACGUUGGUUGGAGGGCUGUAUUCAGUGGCUUACACUGAUGUGGUCCAACUCUUCUGUAUCUUUAUUGGUCUGUGGAUCAGUGUUCCCUUUGCUUUGACCAACCCAGCAGUGUCAGACAUCACAGUGACUGCUGUCAAACAGGUGUAUCAGUCACCCUGGAGAGGCAGCAUCAACAAGAGCGAUGCCUGGGUCUGGAUAGACAACUUCUGCCUCCUGGUAAUGGGUGGGAUCCCAUGGCAGGUGUACUUCCAGCGUGUCCUGUCUGCUUCCUCAGCCACAUACGCCCAGGUGCUGUCCUUCCUGGCUGCUUUCGGCUGCCUCGUCAUGGCCGUCCCCUCGGUGCUGAUCGGAGCCAUCGGGGCCUCCACAGACUGGAACCAGACGUCAUAUGGCAGCAUGUCCCCGAAAGAAAAGAACGAGGCAGACAUGAUCCUCCCCAUCGUCCUGCAGCACCUCUGUCCCCCUUUCGUCUCUUUCUUCGGUUUGGGCGCCGUCUCUGCCGCCGUCAUGUCCUCUGCAGACUCCUCCAUUCUGUCGGCCAGCUCCAUGUUUGCCAGGAACAUUUACCAGCUCGCAUUCAGACAGUCGGCCUCGGACCGUGAGAUUGUGUGGGUCAUGCGUAUCUCCAUCUUUGUGUUUGGUGGACUGGCCACGGUCAUGGCACUGGUCACUGGGACCGUCUACGGUUUGUGGUACCUGAGCUCCGACCUGGUUUACGUCAUCAUCUUUCCUCAGCUGCUCUCCGUGCUCUUCGUCAAAGGCACCAACACUUACGGCUCGGUCGCGGCCUACGUUUUUGGUUUGAUCCUGCGCAUUGGUGGAGGAGAGCCUUACCUGAAGCUACCGCCUUUUAUCUACUAUCCCGGCUGGACCUACGAGAAAGUCUUAAACAACAUAACGGGAGAAAUGGAAGACAUUGUCGUACAAAAAUUCCCUUUCAAAACCGUGUCUAUGCUGGCAUCUUUAGCAGGUAAUGUGUCUUUCUCGUACCUGACCAAGUACUUGUUUGAGAGCGGCAGGCUUUCACAUAAGUACGACUUCAUGGAUGCAGUAGUUUCUAAGCACAGCGCGGAGAUUAUGGACAAAACGACUCUAGUGACACGUAGCAACAACAUCGGCCUGUCGGAGAUGGCGUCCAUGAAGCCCAGGCUGAGCGUGACUUUGGCUGCAGCGUUCACUCGCCGCGACACACUGCCCACAGAGCCAGUGGAGGAAGAGGAGGAGGAGUCCAGCCCAGACUCCCACCAUCAUGAAGAGUGA